ACCACGAUCACUUCGCGCAUAUAUCAUGGCCUCGAGUCACUUUGCUCGCUCACUGCGAGCGGCUCUGCCCUCCUCUACAUCCUCUGUCGCCUCCUCGUCACGCAGCAUCGCCACCACCGCCUCACUGCAAGCGCCCAAGAAGGCAGCCAAUGCACAGGCCCAAAAAGUCAAACGCAAGACUUCGAUCAAGAAGAAUGCUCCCUCUGGCCCUCGCUCGACAGGUGCCAAGCGCAAGGGAGUCUCAGCCACUGAUGGUGCCUCAUCAAACGCUCUGUCAACCCCCUUCUAUCGGGCGCCGCCUGACUUGAGCGGACAGUGGACCAAGUUGAGCCCGGAUUCGGCGAGGAAGGACAACGUUGAUACGCCCUUGGCAUUCACAAAGGGUGACUUGGAGGCCUUUGAGACUUGUGGGGUCGAGCCGAAGGUCAAGAAGGCACUCUCCUCGUACGUUCAACCCAUCUCAGUGCUCCGCUCCUCAACCCUAGACCUUUACACCCACAUGGACUCCGCAUCUACCUCCUCCUCUUCUUCAGCGCGACAUCACAUCCUCUCUUCCUCAAUCUCAACAGGCAAGUCCUAUCUCCUCCUCCAAUCUAUCUCGUACGCACUCGCCUCGCAAUGGUGCGUCAUCUACCUGCCUCGGUUGAUCAACUGGGUCAACUCCACCAGUCCCUUCAGCUAUUCCGCUGAGGAGCAGGCGUACCUCCAGCCUGAAGUGGUGCAGAAGAUUAUGGCGAGCACCCUCGCCGUCAAUGCGAAGAGUGGCGUACUGGGAAAGAUCCCGCUUGCACGGGAUGUGCCAGGGACUGACUUCAAGGCGAGCGGAGAGAAGACUGUGCAAGACCUCCUCAAGGCGGCUCCUUCCUACUCCUCUAAUCCGCUUGUAUCGCAACGCAUCUUCGACGCCUUCCUGCACUCCAUCUCCUCUCAGAGCGCGGUCCCAACCCUCCUCGCAAUGGACGACGCACAAGCCCUCUACUCCACGACGAACUAUCGCGACCCGGACUAUAAGGUCGUGCAGGCCUACGAGCUCGCAGCCGUGCGCAGUAUAUUAAGCUUGCUCGUCGGAGGAGAGAAGGCCGGGCUCAAGAAAGGAAUGGUUCUCGCGGCCCUCUCGCGCUCUCACUCAGAAUGGCAGCCAGGGAACGAGAUCGCGGCAGUCCUAGCUCAUGCCACCAAAUCGUCUUCAACUUCAGCUUUAAACGGGGCCGCCCUCCACGCCUACUCGACUAUGAAGCCGCUGCAUCUGGAGCAUGCCAAACGAUCCAAUUGGACACCGUUCGCCUUGCCUGAGCAGUGGACCACUUCCGAGCUCAAGGCUCUGUUCGACGUAAGGCGAGUAGAGGGUAGGGGAUGGAACGCCCCGGCUGCUGCGGUCACGCCGCGCUUGGCGUCUUCUUCGCCCGCUGGCCCGCCUGGAGCCAGGGGAGGCGCAGCGGUGGGAAGCUUCGACCCGCUGCGGGGGCUGGCCUCACCGCCGCCAGCGACUGGUCGUAAGGGAGGCAGUGUGGGAUCGGGCGCAGCUACGGAGGAUGAGCUUUUCAUGCUUCGCGUGGUAGAUUCGGCGAGGAACCCCUACAGGUUUGAUCGAGCGUUGAAAGGAGGCAGCAUCAUGUAAGCGCGAUGAGGAAGAAAAUGACAUGCAGAUGCUAGAAAGCG